AUGGCUGAGCUGUACAUUUUUGGACAAAUUAUUGGAGCUAAAAAUUUUCGUAAAAAGAGUCUAUUUUGUAAAUGGGGAAUUCACGUUGGUUCUGGAUGGCAGUUAUUGGAAGGGCUAAAGGAAGGGCAAACACAAGUUGACCAUCCAGGAUAUGAUGAAGUAACUUAUUGGUCUCAUCCAAUUGAUAUACACUUUGCUACUAAGGGCAUACCAGGGUGGCCUAAAAUUCAUUUGCAAAUUUUUCAUUAUGAUGAAUUUGGACGAAGUGAAGUUUGUGGUUAUGGAUAUAUUUUUGUACCUACAUCUCCAGGAACACAUUUAAUUGUCUGUCCUACAUGGAAACCUCAUGGUAAAUUUUAUGAUAAAUUCACGGAAUAUUUCAUUGGUGGUGGUCCACAGCUACGAAGUCCUGAAAUCAUAUUUAGUGGUGCCGAUAGAUUUAGAUUGAAUACUGAGCCAACGGGAUCGGUCAUUUUGGAGCUUAAUGUGAUUCAGAAGAACUUUCAGAAAUAUGGUGUUGAAACUUAUUAA